AUGGUUGCCUACUGUCAAGAAGUCAAGAACCUUUCAGACCAACUCAUUGAUGUGGAUGCUCAUGUUGAUAAUCAACGUUUGGUACUGCAACUUAUCAUUGGCCUUACAGAUCAAUGCGAUAGCAUUGCUACCCUUCUCCAACAAUCCACACCGCUUCCCAACUGCUACACUACCCGAUCAAAGUUAUGUCUUGAAGAAACUAGGAAAUCUCUACAAACACCCACUGGUAAUGCCCUUACAGCUUCAUCCAUCACCACAGUCGCAUCGCCAUCAGCCAAUGUCGUGACUUCUGGCACUCACGGUCAGGGUGAUAUCUCAGAAACGCCCCAAUCUUACCAUCCUUGGUCUUCAGUUAGAGGCACAUCUGAAGGUCUUUAUCGUGGCAAGGGCAGGGGUAUGCAUGGAAGGGGUCGGGGACGCGGUCAUGCGCGCAUAUCAUACACUCAACAACAGCAGCCGCCAUGA